AUGUCGAGUAAAUCAUACGGCGUGACGGGGCCGGUGUCAUUAGCAAACCCUACACAGCGUGAAAUAAGUCUAAAUGAUUCGCUCAUUGGUGAACUCAAAGCUCGUGGCUCUUUCGAGAGCGAGCAGGCAACUAGAAAGAGGGUCGAAGUACUUGCUCUAAUGCAAUCUAUGGUCCAAGACUUCGUUUUUAAAGUCUCAAAGAAGAGAAAUAUGAGUGAUGGAAUGGCUAAAGAUGCGGGUGGGAAGAUUUUUACGUUCGGUUCUUAUCGACUUGGGGUCUAUGGGCCUGGAUCAGACAUCGAUACCCUAGUUGUGGUUCCGAAACACGUACUACGCGAGGAUUUCUUUACUGUCUUCGAAGAAAUUAUAAGGGCAAGACCCGAGCUAGAAGAAAUAACUUCUGUCCCGGAUGCCUAUGUUCCUAUCAUCAAACUUGAGUUUGAUGGCAUAUCGAUUGAUUUGAUUUUUGCUCGCCUUAAUGUCUCUCGGGUUCCUUCAGAUAUGACCUUAGAUGAUAAAAAUCUACUCAGAAAUAUAGAAGAAAGGGAUUUGAGGUCCCUUAAUGGUACCCGUGUAACAGAUGAAAUAUUGACUCUUGUGCCCAAACCUACAGUGUUUAAACAUGCCUUGAGAUGCAUUAAAAUGUGGGCUCAGCAACGGGCUGUCUAUGCAAAUGUGUUCGGUUUUCCCGGUGGUGUUGCCUGGGCCAUGCUAGUGGCGAGGAUAUGCCAACUAUACCCCAACGCAGUAAGCGCUGUUAUCAUUCAAAAAUUUUUUAGCAUCUACACCAAGUGGAAUUGGCCUCAGCCCGUAUUACUCAAACCGAUUGAAGAUGGUCCCCUACAAGUCCGUGUGUGGAAUCCUCGGAUUUAUCCACAUGACAGGCAACAUAGAAUGCCUGUUAUCACUCCAGCUUAUCCGUCAAUGUGUGCCACGCACAAUAUAACCAACUCCACCCAGAAGGUUAUACUCAAAGAAAUUGCAAGAGGAACUGAGAUAAUGGAUCAAAUUUUCUCGGGAGAAAAGAAUUGGUCUGCUUUGCUCCAGAGGCAUACAUUCUUUCAUGACUAUAAAUUUUAUUUAUGCGUUGUUGGGGCUACGAUUGGCAAUGAUGAAGACCACCAUAAAUGGAGCGGCCUUAUUGAAAGUAAAUUACGUAUCCUUGUUCAAAAACUCGAAGUUUCUGAUGGCAUUGCGCUUGCCCAUCCGUACGUGAAAUCGUUUACAUCAUCGUACUACAUGGGAGACUCAAAGACUGAAGAUAUAUUGGCUGCAUUUGGGUGUCUUCUGGGAGAUGCCGUUCUUAGUGGCCUUCAGAAACCUGUCGAAGAUGCUAAAAAUGUUGACAAUGAUUCUAGCAUUUCAGAGCAAAAAGUAAUUCACCUCACGAAAUUAUUCAUUGGAUUAGACAUCAGUCUUGUUAGAGAAGUGGGCGGGGUGAAGAAGCUCGACAUACAAUAUCCAUGUUCUGAAUUCUAUAAUCUUUGCAAGAGCUCUACGCUGUUUGAAGAGGGCAAGAACUUCAUUCAGAUCAAGAAUGUCAAAUUGCACGAUUUACCAAAUGAUGUAUAUGAAGACGGAGAGGAACGGCCUGUUAAAACCGGUAAGAAGCGAAAAAAGGAUGGCAAAGCGGAGCAAUUGAAAAGGCCAAAGGGUAUAACGCCCACAGCAGCGGCAUAG